AUGGAUGACGGUCGAGAGAGGCUCAUUCAUCACGUUUCGGUCACCCAUAGGCAUCCUACAUGGCGCAUCAUCGUCAUUGUUAACACCAUUUUCGCUGGUCUGUCACUGGUCACAUAUCUCGCGUUCCUGAUAUGGAUACACAAUAACUUGCACCUCAUCAAUGGCGUAGCAAGGCUUUUCAGCGGAACAUGUUACCAAGCAUCAAGGACGGGAGCGUACGCCGACUUCGCCGCAUGUACUUUCGGUGUCCUGCUCUUUGCAGCGGGCUCACAUGGAGUUCAACUUCUGCUUUCACCGACUAGAGAAGAAGUCGAAAAUGCUCAUUCGCGAGAUCGAUGGGUGCAUAUAGGCAUUGGAGGACUACGGAACAUGAAAUGGGUUUCUAAGCGUAGACUUUUACGAGCAAUUUUGCUGGCAGCAACCUCCAUACUCUUGCCCCUUCUCCACAACUGCAUGAUAUUCAAAACUUUGGCAACAACGGACCGAGUUGCAUCUCUCGUGACUGCGGAUUACCUCAAAGGAUCUCGACUAGAUGCAGCAUCAGAACAGUCUAUAUUCCUCACAAAGGCGGAACAAUAUCAUACCGUUUCGUUAUCAGCAAAAUUAGCGCUUACAACAAUCAAUUUUGAUACCUUGCUCGAGCAGAUGCGGGUCGAAUCGACAAGCUUGAUCCGUCUAUCGCCAGCCGAAUGUCGAACUGCAUACUCGUCCUUGCAGAUGCCUCCUCGGUUUUCCAAUGUACUGCUGAUAAGUUCAUCCAAUGCCAGCAAUACACUGGAUGGUCUCGUCGACUGUGAACUACAAUAUCCGGAGAUGGUUGCGAGUCCCAAGUAUCAGGGUGUACAUGAGAUAGAUUGGUUCAACACGAACGGUCUAGCCUCCGUCUUCCACAAAAACUGUCUUGACACGGACUUCGAUUUCGGGACUGACGACGUUUGGCACGUCCCUGUGUGGGACUAUUACUGUACGGCAAUUUCUUACCCUGUUGAAUACUGCCUCGCUCAGACAUUUGAGCCCGAGUGUGGUGUGGGUAUCGAUACUAGAGUCCUCGUUGGCAUCAUCGUUUGCUUGUUCGUGGAACUCGUGUGCUUGGCUAGUCUAGUAUCAAUCAGGUUUCAGCCCUUCGCCACUGUUGGAGAUGCUGUAGCUAGCUUCCUGACACACCCAGACUCGUCGACCUCGAGAAAUGGAAUACUGGCCAUUCCUUCAGUACAUGCACCAGAAUCUAAGUUCGACAAGUUCGGCUUUCGGAGAUCUGAUAAAGAUAUUAGCAUGUGGAGACGCAAAUGGCCAGUCUGGCGGGCAGCUAUCGACACCGAGACCUGUGCUCUGUCCAUAAACUGCCUCUUUCUUGCAUUCUUUGCUUUUGCGACCGCAGUCCUGAUCGUGUACAACAACGACGAGCUAUCGAACUAUCGAUCAAUUACUCUACGGACCCCAACAUCUAACCAAGGACUUCUUGCCAACCUUCUUGGCCUUGGCUCCAUCCACCUUGCUAUCUCGAUGACAUAUCUCUUGUACAACCACCUUUGGUCUCGUAUGCUUGCCGCUGCCGAGUUGAACGCCUUCGUCAAGAUUCGAGGACGCUUACGCGUGACUUUGCCAGUACAAGAUGCUCAGAGCACGUAUCAUCUCAGCAUUAAACCCCGUUUCUCUGCAAUACUUAUCAUUGCUCUAAUCCUGAUCCACUUCUUCACGACGAGGGCUCUCAAUGUCGUCGCUAUACAAACCUACGACAUCAUGGGCAAGUACUCGCAUCAGCGAAUCACCUAUGGGAUUUCGACAGCUUCUGGGGUUCUGGCUUUGGGAUUAGGUUUCUUGAUGCUAUGCGCUUUGACAUUUGGAUUGGAAAGAAGACUUCAUCCCGCCAUGCCUGUACUGGGAACCUGUUCGAUGGCCAUUUCGGCAGCUUGUCAUGCCGAUAAUAUUGUCAUGAGUCUGGUGCAGGUGGGUUAUGGAAAGAAUGCCAGAACGGGCAAAAUGAGCUUUCUUAAUUACGGAGGAUGA